AUGGCUUCCGCACCUGAUCUUACUGCAACUAUGAACACCAUCAUCACUACCACCAGCGAGACCUCGCAAUUGCGCGCGCCAGAAAGCGGCCUUGCCUGGCACCAGACCGACACAGAACUUAUUCUGAAAUCUAUCGCAGAGGCCCCCAUUGUCUCCCCACUGAAAGCGUAUGGAUAUAUCACCUCCAAAGAUAUGCUCACCCGCAAUUGGACUUAUAGUUUAAACGGGGCGGUCGGGUUUAUUGAAGACAGUGGCACUGUCUUCAUUAAACACAGCAGCCUCACGCAAAGCUUGGUUGCCACCGUACCUCCACAACAACAAGAUCUCGCAGGCAAAGCGAGUAUCAGCGGAAUUGGCAAAGUCGUCAAGGUUAACAUGGACAACCUCAACGAAGACGGUGAAUGGCACCUUACUGUUCACGCUGAACAUGAUGUAUUCGAUCCUGAAAGUUCUGGACACUGUUCACCGGAUCUUGAUGAUUCCGGAGUAGACUAA